AUGUUCAGCUGGCGGAGCGACUUCGGCUUGGCCGGGUACUUUGAAAAGGAAAUCUGCGAGCAGCUAACCGAGCUCAUUGCUAGUGAGGGAUUCAGGUCUGACCCAGACCAAGUGGCUGUGGAAAAGCUCAGUUGUUGCAGCCCGUCUACCGACUUUCUGGUUGCAGAGUACAAAGAAUGUCGUGCGCUUCAUUCUGGAUCCAGCCUCCUGCGACCAUUUUCUGUAGCGUAUGUGAAGGGAUGGAAACGCGCAGUGGCCUUGCUCAUUACUUUGCAGGGCAUUCGGGAGCUCAGUCUUGAAGAUUCCAUUGACCAUUUCCUUCGAGUGAGCAUGGGGACAAUCCAUGUGAACUUUGCCUUUCGCGACGCAGACGCUCGCAGCAAAGUGUUGGUUGGGCGAGGUGCAACCAUGGCCAGUGCUGUGCGCAAAUCUCCGAACUGUUUCAGUCUACUUCGACAGAUUGAAGUUUUGCAGAAAGCUGGGAACAAGAACAACGCCGAGAAGAUCCUGGAGGCAGAGCGAUUUCUUGCGCGGCUGGAAUACCAGUUUGACAACGCCCCGAUUACCUUGCGAAAGGCUUUGCAGUUCAAGGAAGCCAGCAGGGUUCACCUGGCGACUGGUUUGUACCUUGCCUUGCUUGACAAGUUCAGCCAGGUUGCUCCGCCGUCAGAGUUCCGCCAUCUCAAGGCCAGUCUAGACACUCAGUUCAACGCUGGCUACUUGGAUGGAGAGCUUUUUCAUAUGGCUGAUGAGCAG